UAAAGGACAACAAAGUCUGAAACACCACCACACAAAAUACAGAUUCACAUCAAACUAUGGCUUCAAAUAAUGGCCUUAAAGCAAGUGAGAUGUUUGAAGGUCAAGUUCACUUAUACAAACACUUGCAUGCUCAUGCAGUAGAUGGUAUGAGUAUUAGAUGGAUGAUUGAGCUUGGCAUACCUGACAUAAUCCACAACCAUGAUCAACCCAUUACACUAUCAGAGUUGGUAUCCAUUCUACAAAUUCCGCCAACUAAAGUUAGAGGCGUGCACAGUCUCCUACGCUAUCUGGCACACAAUGGAUUCCUUCAGAUUGUAAGAGUCCAUCACAACACACAAGAAAAGGAAGCAUAUGCUCUAACUGCUGCAUCACAGCUUCUUGUCAAAGGCACUAACCUUAGUCUUACGCCAAUGGUGGAGUAUUUAAUUAACCCAAGUGGAUCACCCGUAUGGUCUCACUUGAAGAAGUGGACUUAUGAGGAUGAUCUUACACUGUGUGAUGUCUCCCUAGGAUCAAAUAUAUGGGAUUUUCUUGGUAAAAACACAGAAAAAAACAAGUUGUUCAAUAAGGCAAUGGCUAGUGAUUCUCAGAUGAUGAACGUGGCAUUAAGAGGUUGCAAUUGGGUGUUCGAAGGAGUGGAGUCCAUUGUUGAUGUUGGAGGUGGAAACGGAACCACAGCCAAGGCUAUCUCUGAUGCAUUUCCAAACGUGAAGUGCACUGUGUUAGACCGUCCACAAGUUGUGGAGAACUUGUUGGGUACCAACCAUUUGAAAUAUGUUGGUGGUGACAUGUUCAAAUCUAUUCCCAAGGCUGAUGCAAUUCUACUCAAGUGGAUUUUGCAUAAUUGGAGUGACAUGGAUUGUAAGAAGAUAUUAGAAAAUUGCAAAGAAGCUAUUUCUGGUAAAGGUAAGAGAGGAAAAAUAAUUGUGAUAGAAACUGUGAUAAACGAAGGUCAAGAUGAGCAUGGAAUUACUAGUCUAAAGCUCCUCAUGGAUGUGAAAAUGUCAUGUCUUGUUAAUGGGAAAGAAAGAAGUGAAGAAGAAUGGAAGAAACUGUUCGUGGAAGCAGGAUUCCAAAGCUACAAAAUAUCUCCUUUAACGGGAUAUUUGUCUCUUAUUCAAAUCUAUCCUUGAAUAUUGAAGUUAUGCUGGUGCAUUUCUUCAAUGCGUGUUAUGAAACAAACAAGGUCACAAUGCUCAUUUCCCAUUUCAAUAAAUGAUUGGUAAGAAAAUGCAACAAGAAUAAAAAGAAGAAUUGAUAAGAACCAAGAUUCAGAGAUACAAAAUCUGAUGGAAUGUGUCAAAGUGUUUUGCUUUAUUAAUAAAUGGCAUGGACUAUAUUUUUCUUAAA